AUGGCCGCCUGCGUAGAGGCAGCUGCACCAGCCGCCGCCGUCCGCGACCCCGGCGCCGCGCGACCGACCCGCAAGAGGACGCGCGUCGCCAUGGGCAGCACCGACGACUACGAGGAGACCGGCCGCAUCGGCACGGGCGCCUUCGGCUCGGUCCACAAGGCGCGCCACCGCGGCACCGGCCGGACCGUCGCGAUCAAGCGCCUCGCCGCGGCCCACGGCAGCCAGGCGGCGCUGCUGCGGGAGGCGUCGCUGCUGGAGGCGAGCGGCCGGGACAAUCCGUACGUCGUCGGCUUCCACGGCCUCGCCCGCAGCCCGGCCACCAUGGACCUCUGCCUGGUCAUGGAGUGCGUCGGCGCGAGCCUCAGCGACCUCCUCCACCAGCGCCGCUGCGGCGGGAUGCCGCCGCUGCCCGAGGCGACGGUGCGCGGCGUCAUGUGGCAGCUGCUCACGGGCGCCAAGAAGAUGCACGACGCCCACGUCGUCCACCGGGACAUCAAGCCGGACAACAUCCUUGUUGCCGAGGACCGCUCCACCGUCAAGAUCUGCGACUUUGGGCUCGCCAUGUACAUGGCGGAGCCGCCGCCCUACGAGAACGCCGGCUCGCUGUGGUACAUGGCGCCCGAGGUGCUGCUGGGGAAGCCCGACUACGACGCCCUCGUCGACACCUGGUCGCUCGGCUGCGUGAUGGCGGAGCUCAUCGACGGGUCCCCUCUGUUCAUGGCUUCCAAUGAAGCAGACCAGCUCGACGUGAUCUUCAACGUCCUCGGCGCGCCAGAUGAAACGACGUGGCCAUGGUUGUCGUCCACGCCGUUCGCCACCCAGAUGAUGCCGGAGCUGAAGAUGAAGCGGCGCAACCUACUGCGACAGGAGUUUCCCAUGAAAAAGCUAUCCAUGCAAGGAUUCCGGGUACUCAGCGGCCUGCUCACUUGCAACCCCGACAAGCGGCUCACGGCAGCUGCCGCGCUCAAACACCCAUGGUUCGCCAAGAUGAACAACGCACCGGAGCUGCACCUGCCAAAGAAAGAACAAGUGCCAUCAACGUUGCCCAAGAUCAAGAGACUUAGGGUGGUGUGUCCGUGA